AUGUCUUCUGCCAGCGACUACGCCGAAAACGGCCAACAUCUCACUGAAGAGAAUGAUCGUUCUGCCAUGGCUCAGAACGGAAAGCACAAGGACAGCGACAGAUCGCAGAGUGACUCGGAUGAUGACCCUCAAUAUGCCACAUCCUACAGGCUUAUUGCCAUCAUGUUGACGAUCAACCUGAGCACCAUGGUUUCCGCUCUGGAUCUGGGAAUCGUGGCCACAGCUAUUCCUGCCAUCACCGAAGACUUCCAUUCCCUAAACACGAUCGCCUGGUAUAGUGCUGGCUGCUUCAUUCUCGUUGGAGCUUCCAGUGCUACGUGGGGGAAACUGUUCACCUAUUUUCCGGCUACGAUUGUCUAUAUGAGCGCCCUUGUGAUAUACAUGAUUGGAAGCGUCGUUGCCGCCCCAGCUCCAAACUCCGUUGCCCUGAUUAUCGGACGAGCCAUUCAGGGUUUUGGCUGCUCGGGAACUUUAGGCGGCUCGGUCUUGCUCAUCAACUUCACUGCGGCGCCCAAGGCUCAGCCCAUGCUGAUCGGAAUUUGGAUGGGCGUCUUUAUGGGCGCCACCAUCCUUGGCCCUCUCCUGGGUGGGGUAUUUACUACAGAGGUGACCUGGAGAUGGUGUUUCUGGAUUAAUCUUCCCAUCGGCGGCCUGGCCCUCGUUCUGCAAGUUUUUUUCCUUCGUAUACCAAAGCACAUCAAGCCGAAGCCUGCAACGUGGAGGGAAAUCUUUCUGCAGCUCGAUUUCUCGGGUUUCAUCAUCCUUGCUGCAUCCUUGGUCUGCUACACCCUUGCGCUGCAAUGGGGAGGACUGUCCAAGAAAUGGUCAGACGGCUCUGUCAUAGCUACUCUCAUCGUUGCAAACUGCGCCAACUUCCAGGUGCUCUUCUAUCUGCCUAUUUACUUUCAGUCUGUGAAAGGCAACUCGGCCAUCAUGAGCGGUGUUUACACCCUUCCCUUCGUGUCCUUCUAUGCAGUGGGCUCGCUCCUAAGCGGGUUCUGGAUCAGCAAGACAAGGCUCCCAAUCGCCACUGAGAUCGCUAGUCCUUUACUAGCCCUCAUCGGCACCAUUCUCUUUUACCGGAUGGAUAUCAAUACCUCCAAAGCCUGGUAUGUUGGAGCACAGAUUCCGUUCGGAUUUGGCAUUGGCCUAGGCAAUCAAGCCCCUGUGACUGCUCUGCAGGCGUUCUCCAAGCCAGAAGAAGUUGCAGCCAUUACAGGCACCCUCUUCACUCCAAAUAUCAGCGACAGUGAAAUCAGUGCGGCUGGCGCCGCGGGCAUAUGGAAAACCUUUAGCGGACAGGAUCUCACUCUGGUGCUCGAGGCAUACAUGGCGGGAAUCAAAAAUGUCUUCAUUUUCUCCAUCGCAGGAGCAACCGCAACUGCACUGUUUGCGCUCUUAAUCCCUCCAACGAGACUCCCGGACCCGGAAAAGACGAAUGAGAAAGAGCAUGCAAGUGCAACCACUUGA